UAUUCAUAUUUCAUAUUGUAAUACUACGUACAACAUUUCAUUUUAAAAUCCAAGUCAAAAGCCCAGAAGCAAAAUAUGCCCGGAAUGUAUCGAGAUGCUUUAAAACUCUUAUCCGCGCAUAUGCGGCAACAGGUGAGUCGAAUGUUGCAACGCUGCAUCGGCUGCACCGCUGCCAAGCUGCCGCGGCCAUUGGCACCGGGCCAGCCGGAAACAAGCAUUGCAGAGCAGAAGCCAGUUGUGCAGGAGGUGCGCCUGGUGCGCAUAGCCAUGGACUUUAAGCUACAUAAGCUGGAGCUAGGACCUGAUACGCUGGUUGCUCUCACCGCUCUGGAAGCAGCGCUCUAUUUAAGGCAGCUGUUGGCCAUCCGACGUCUGGAGGCGGCAUCUGCGCAGCUGUACAAGGAACGUUUGGUGCGCGGCUUCUGUCAUCUGUCCACCGGACAGGAGGCCUGCGCCGUCGGCCUCUGCGCCGCUCUCCGCAAGGAAGAUAAUCUAGUAGCCGGGUAUCGCAUACAUGGGCUGGCCUACCUAAUGGGCGCCACGGCUGUGGGUGUGCUCAGCGAACUGGCCGGCAAGUCGACCGGCUGCGCCCAAGGCAAGGGCGGCUCUAUGCACAUGUAUGCGCCCAACUUCUAUGGUGGCAAUGGCAUUGUCGGCGCCCAGGUGUCGCUGGGUGCGGGCAUUGCACUGGCCAAUAAGUAUCGAGAGACCGGCGGCGUCUGCUUCGCUUUGUAUGGCGAUGGUGCAGCCAAUCAGGGCCAGAUCUUCGAGUGCUUCAAUAUGGCGCAGCUAUGGAAGCUGCCCAUGGUCUUUGUCUGCGAGAACAACAACUAUGGCAUGGGCACUAGCGCUUGGCGUGCCUCCAGCAAUACUGACUAUUACACCAGAGGUGACUUUCUGCCCGGUGUCUGGGUAGAUGGUCAGGAUGUGCUGGCCGUACGCAGUGCCGCCCGUUUUGCCAUACAGUACGCCCAGCAACGCGGUCCACUGAUCAUGGAGCUGUGCACCUAUCGCUAUGCGGGCCAUUCCAUGUCCGAUCCCGGCACAAGCUAUCGCAGUCGCGAAGAGGUGCAGCUGGUGCGCCAGCGUCAGGAUCCCAUCAGCCGUUUCCGCAAGGUGUGCCUCGACAUUAGUAUACUGUCGGAGCAGCAGCUGCGCAUCAUCGAUCAAAACGUCCAUGACGAAAUGGAAAAGGCAAUACAGGCGGCCAGGCACGACGCGGAGCUGCCGCUGUCCCAUCUCGGCAGUGACGUGUAUUCGCACAGCUGUACAGAGGACAAGCUGCGCGGCGUGUUUGGCCACAAUUUGGAGCACAGCAAAGCUGUAUGUGUCAAAAACUAAUCAUGGUUUGUCUUUGAAACCCCUGAAAUCUGAAAUAAAUGUCUACACUUUCC